GUAGCUGUAUUUGAGAAGAAGGCAGCGAAAAGGGCAGCGUUCGAGCGAAGAGUCCAAAACAAAAAGCGCAAUGACAGCUGAGCGUCAAGUGAACAAGUGAAGAGCUGUGAAAGAGCAAUUGCAUUUGCAACCAGUUCAUUGCACUACCGCCGCGACUACCUGCUGCUGCAGCCGGGCAAUAAAUAAUUAUCCAAAAAAGUGGUACACAGUUAGUCUAUUAGAAAAUUUUCAAGCAAGUCUAGUUACUCAAUCUCCUCGUGUUUCUACGUGCCACUAAUUAGCAGCAAUCAGCAAUCACUAGCUGGUGAAUAUUAACCCCAGCAUUGCACAUUCUACAAGUAACAAGUAAACUGAGACAAUAAUAAUGCCUGCCGUCACCAAACUAGCCACGUUUGAAGAAAUUUUGGCAUUGGCCAAAUCGACAUAUCAUGAAAUUUUUGGCGCUGAUCCAGAACUGGCCUGCUGUGCACCAGGACGUGUUAAUUUGAUUGGUGAACAUAUCGACUACAAUGACGGUUUUGUCCUGCCAAUGGCGCUCCCUAUGGUCACACUGAUCGUUGGCGGCCGUCGCACGGACACUAAGGCUUCAGUGUUUACGCACUGUGGUGGAUGUGAUGACCCAAAGCAUGUGGAAUUUUCGCUACUCGAUUUGAAACCGGAAGCGCCAAAUUUAUCGCCUGCGAUAGCUCGCGGAGAUUUCUCACAGCAGAUGAACAAUCGCUAA